GGCGCCUGCAUGAUUCCUCUCAUUACACACAUACAUAAUACAUAUAAAAUAAAAUAUAAAAAACAUAUGUGUGCAUAUAUAAUUCGUCCCCGCGAAAAUAAUUGUCUCGGUGUGUGAAAGGGUUCGUUCGUUUGUGCACGCGCGAAACGAUCCGAAGUGCCGGUUGCUUUUUGCAUGUUUCAAUAUAUAUAUAUGUAUAAAUAAAAAUACAAUAAAGUAGGGAUGAGAGCAGCCGAUCAAAAGGACAAAAAGUGGGGAAUGUUAAAGCUGACGCGACGCAGAGGCGCUUCAACAAGACGAGUCGAGAGAGAACGCGACGUGUGAGCAUUUAUUGACGUUCAAGUGACAGCACCCGCAAAAGCACCAAAAAAAAAUUAAAAAUAUUAAUAGUGAUAACAAUUAAUAAAUAGACUAUUUUUUAUAAUUUUUCAAUUUUUUUUUAUUGUUAAUAUUAUAUUAUAAACAAUGCGAGUAUGUCAUUAAAAAUAUAUUUUUUUCUCUGUGACAAAUUAUUUUUUAUUGAGCAUUUUUAAUUACGUAUAAUUAAAAAUAAUAAUAAGGAAUUAUAGUUGAAUAUACAAAGUGCAUCGGAGUAUUUUUUUAAAAAUUUUUAGUUGAUUUUUUUUUGGUGAAUCCAAGUUGAUAAAUUGAAUGCGCCUGAAGAAGACGAAUGCGACAACUGACAGAUGACAAAAUGAUGUCAAUUGUAACGGAGGAAUGAUAGGAUGCAAGAGGGUAGCACCGCGGUGGCGCUAGCAAUGGUGACUCCUGGCUACGAUCAGGAUCCUGCGAGUGGAGUUGCUGAUUAUACAGCUCAUCAGGAUCAAGCACAAUUUGAAACAGACAAACGUGCUGUUUAUAAGCAUCCUUUAUUUCCAUUACUUGCAUUAUUAUUUGAAAGAUGCGAACAAGCAACUCAAAGUUCCGACAAUUCAACGUCCGAAAGUUUCAAUAUGGAUAUUCAAGCUUUUGUUCAACAUCAAGAGAGAGAUCGAAAACCUUUUCUCAUCAACGAUCCCGAGAUUGACGGUUUGAUGAUAAAAGCUAUUCAAGUGUUGCGAAUUCAUCUGUUAGAAUUAGAAAAAGUACAGGAAUUGUGCAAAGAUUUUUGCAACAGGUAUAUUGGUUGUUUAAAGGGAAAAAUGCAAAGCGAAAAUUUAUUAAGAAGCGAUUACAGUCAUCAUGGACACGACAUGAUACCAUCAAGUGGAAGCAAUGGCAGCAGUCCACUACAGGUGCUGUCAUCUACAGGCAAUGAUGUUGAGCCGGGAAUUAACGGACUCGGAGUAACUGGAUCUGGUGAUACAAUCUCGGAAAACGGUAGCAGUAUUAGCCAGGGUAUGCUACAUAUUGAUUGUGGAACAAUUGAUAGACCAACAUCAACUGUACAAUCAUCAAUCAGAUCAGACAAUCAAGAUCAUGAUAUUGAUCCAUUAUCACCAUCAACAACAAUACACGGUGGUACACCAUUAUCACAAAUUGGCGCACAUCAAUGUGGUUCUAUAAAUGAUAUUUAUAUUGGUCAAGAUCCUCUUAUUGAUAACGAUGUAUAUCUAAAUGAUCGUGUUUACGUUGAAGAAGCUGGCUACUGGGGUCUUGUACCACUUCAAGAACGUGAAAGUGAAUAUGGUGAUGUUUGUCAUACAAAUUACGAAAAGUACUACGAUAUAACUGUAUCAUGCUCACCUUCACCAGUACCAAGUGAAGAUGAUGAUGAUGGUUGUGGCAGUGCACCAUCAAGUCAUGCUGGUGGUAAUGGAUCAACAAGAAAAGGACGUCAAAAACGUGGUGUUUUACCAAAACAAGCAACUAGUAUAAUGCGUGCUUGGUUGUUUCAACAUUUAGUUCAUCCUUAUCCAACUGAAGCUGAAAAAAAUCAAAUAGCAAGUCAAACAAAUUUGACAUUACUUCAAGUUAAUAAUUGGUUUAUAAAUGCAAGACGUAGAAUAUUACAGCCAAUGUUAGAUGGUGCUGGUGCUGAUGGAAUUUCACGUACAGCUAAACGUCAUAAUAAAACAAUUAAAAAUACAACAUCAUCACAACAACAACAACAAUUACAAAGCUUACAACAACAACAACAACAUCAACAUCAACAAAAUCAAUUACAACAAAAUUCAAAUUCAUCAUCACAAGGACAAAUUGGUGGAUGGCAAUCAGAUGAAUUAGCUAGUGAUUCUGGUUCAAGUGAUGUUGAUGAUAAUAUUGUUGAUAGAUUUAAAGGCGUUAAUGAUGAAAGCGAUGAUGAUGAUAUUCACUGACCUUUGUAUUAUAUUUUGACAUUAACAUUAUCCAGCUACCUUUGUAACAAAUUGCUCAUUACAGUAUUAAGGUAUUCGGGAUUAUAUAUCGCUUUAAUUGUCAAUAAAUACAUAAUUAAUUUCACGUGAAUAUCAGGAAUAUAUUUUUCAAUUAUUUUUAAAUUAUUAUUCAUUAAUAAUAUAAUUGUUUUUCUUUUUUUUUUUUUUUUUGCAAACAAGUUAAUUAUUUUGAUACAUUUUCUUUUUACAUUUUCAAUACCUUAAUGAGUUAUUAUUAUUAUUUUUUUUUUGUUAAUUUAAAUUAACUCUGGCGCGAUGUUUAAAUAACAGUUUAAAUUUUUUUAUAUGUAUUUAUUGAGUCACAAACUGUCCAUGACCUUCCCCAACAUUUACGAACAACAGAUUAAAUAGAAAAUAUUUUUCUUUGAUUUUUCUUUGAUCUAUUAUUGAAUAAUAUUGAAAUGAAAAAUAAAAAUAUAUACCUGGU